AUGGAAUUAGUACAUAUUUGUAGUAGUGUUCUUCUUCUUCUUCUUUGCUUGCUUGUUAGUGAAUCUGCUGCUGUAGCAGAAGAAGAUGUGGCAGUAAAGAUUGAAGGGGUGACAUCUAUUGCUAAAACAGAUGAUAAUUUCGUUUGCGCUACUUUGGAUUGGUGGCCUGCAAAUAAGUGCGAUUAUAAUCAAUGCCCUUGGGGAAAUGCUGGUGUUCUCAAUUUGGAUUUGAAGAACAAGAUCCUGUCAAAUGCAAUCAAAGCAUUCAAUCCCCUUCGAAUCAGAAUAGGAGGUUCACUGCAAGACCAGGUGGUCUACAAAGUGGGAAAGGUCGAGAAAUGCCCAUAUUUCAAGAGGAGGGAUGAUCGUCUGUUCGGAUUCAGCAACGGCUGCUUGCCAAUGCACAGAUGGGACGAACUUAACUACUUGUUCAAUCAAACUGGGGCCAAAAUUACAUUUGGUUUGAAUGCUCUACGUGGGAGGAAGAAGUCCGAUGUUGAUGAUGUUCUCUGGGUUGGCGAUUGGGACCCACAAAAUGCUCGAGAUCUCAUGGAGUAUACCAUCUCCAAGGGGUACCAGAUCGACUCAUAUGAACUUGGAAACGAGUUAUGUGGAGGUGGAGUCUCAGCAAGAGUAGAGGCUGAGCAGUAUGCCAAAGACACGAUUGCACUCAAAGAACUUGUGAAGGAAUUGUACCCUAAUGUUACCACACGGCCAAAGGUCUUGGGGCCUGCAGGGUUCUAUGAUGAGCAAUGGUUCAAUACCUAUAUUCAAACAGCAGGACCAGGUGUCCUAGAUGGGGUAACUCACCACAUAUACAACCUUGGGGCAGGUGUUGAUCCCACCCUUAUUGACAAGGUUCAAGACCCUUAUUUCCUUGACCAAAUUGCUCAAACACACAAAGAUGUUUCAAUUUCGGUCCAACAGUUUGGGCCUUGGUCUGGAGCUUGGGUUGGAGAAGCUGGGGGAGCUUAUAACAGUGGUGGCAAAGAUGUGUCUCAUACUUUUGCUAAUGGCUUCUGGUACUUGGAUCAACUUGGAAUGACUUCAACCUUUAACCAUAAGGUGUUUUGUAGACAAGCCUUAAUUGGAGGAAACUAUGCUUUGCUUAACACAACAACAUUUAUCCCUAAUCCAGAUUAUUAUGGGUCCCUUCUGUGGCAUCGGUUAAUGGGAAAUAAAGUUCUUCGUGCCAUGCAUGAUAGUUCUCCUUACUUGCGCAUUUACUCCCACUGUUCAAAAGAUAAAUCGGGAAUUACAGUUCUAAUCAUCAACAUGUCCAACUCAACAUCAUUCAACGUCUCAAUUGUUGAUGACAAACACUUGAAUGACAAUGAGAGCAAGUUACAGAGAGAAGAGUAUCAUUUGACUCCAGAGGAUGGAGACAUUCAAAGCUCCGUAUUAUUGUUGAAUGGCACUCCACUGAGGCUGAAUGAAUCAUUGGAUAUUCCUGAAUUGAAUCCAGUCCUUGUAGAUGCUUCUGCUGCUAUCAGAGUUGCCUCUCGUUCAAUUGUUUUUGCAACUUUGACAGGAUUUAAGGCACCUGCUUGUGCAUAA